CUCGAAUUUGCGUUUCACCUCAACAAACCCUAAAACCGCUUUUUCUCAGAUUUUCUACAACUUUCUCACCCCCCAAACAAAAGAACAGAAAAUGGCGUCGUUCAGCGAAGCUCCCCCUGGCAAUGCAAAGGCCGGAGAGAAAAUCUUCAAAACCAAGUGCGCUCAGUGCCACACCGUCGAAAAAGGCUCUGGUCACAAGCAAGGACCCAAUCUAAAUGGAUUGUUUGGAAGGCAGUCUGGAACAACUCCAGGAUACUCUUACUCUGCUGCUAACAAGAACAUGGCUGUGAAUUGGGAGGAAAAGACAUUGUAUGAUUACUUGCUAAACCCCAAGAAGUACAUUCCUGGAACGAAGAUGGUGUUCCCGGGAUUGAAGAAACCUCAGGACCGCGCAGACUUAAUUGCCUAUUUGAAGGAAUCUACUGCUUCUUAAAAGAUGUAUCCUCAUCCCAUUCCAUUUUGCAGCAGUUAAUAUUUGUUCGCACAGAGCGGCUGAAUUGCCUUUUGUUUUACCAAUAAACUAAAGACCAUUUAGGUCUGCAAUGCUCGGAGUUUUGCUUUCCUAUUAUUUCUCUAGGAAGAGGUUGCUGUAAUUGGCAAACAAACGUAACAAUCAGUUUGGUUAUAAUUUUUUGGAUUUGGUGGAACACCAUUUUACU